CAGGUGCGAGGUGAGCAGACGGCGGGUGACAGGCGGAACACACAGACGACGAGCCGCCGCCGUGCGUUAUAUAGAGGGGGCGGACUAAUACACGGGCUGUGGUGAUGAGGCAGUAGAGCGCUGCGGUAUCAGCACACAAGUCCUGCGGGGAUCACUGCGCGGUCCUCGCUUCCUAGCGUACCCGGCUCCACUCAGGGAGAUGUCGGCAGUGAGCGGCACGGAGCCCAGCCCUGCUGCAGCCGCGGGCAGGGUGUUCUUUCAGACCCCGCUGCCUUCCCCUGGAACCCGGGAAGACUCCCCGCAGGUGUCGGCUCAGCAGCACAAGCAGCAGCAGCAGAGGAGGCAGCAGCAGGGGAAAGUGACUGUGAAAUACGACAGGAAGGAGCUGAGGAAGCGGCUGAUCCUGGAGGAGUGGAUUGUGGAGCAGCUGAGCGAGCUCUAUGGCUGUGAGGAAGAAGAAAUGCCAGAAGUAGAAAUAGAUAUAGACGAUCUUCUAGAUGCAGCUAGUGAAGAAGAACGUGUUAUCAAAUUACAGGAAUCAUUAGUAGACUGCUACAAACCAACAGAGGAAUUUAUCAACCAACUGUUGUCUCGAAUACAAGGCAUGCGAAAACUAAGUCCACCUCAAAAAAAGGAUAUAUAAAUUUGCCAUGACCCCAUCUGUCUCGAGAUACAGCAAGAGAAUCAAGACCACAAGACUUUUCACUUUCUUUCUAACAAACUCUCUAUAUUGCUGUUUUAUGGAGGUUGGGAUAUACAAAGAUGUAGUUCUUAACUAAAUACUAGUUGUUGUUUUUUUUUUUUUUUGUUAAUUUUGUAGUAGAUAAUAGUUUUUUUU